CGUGUUGCGUUGCAGCCACGAACGAAGCCGACGAGCCUCUUCUUAAGUUAACUGUUCGUACAAAAACACGUGAAAUAACCCAUAAACGAUGGCUGACGCCGCUCCAGCAGCACGAGGAGGAUUCAGAGGAGGUUUCGGUGGUGACCGAGGUGGUCGCGGCGGACGUGGACGCGGUCGUGGUCGCGGUCGCGGUCGCGGACGCGGCAAGGACGAGGCCAAGGAGUGGGUCCCCGUCACCAAGCUCGGCCGUCUCGUACGCGACGGUAAGAUCACCUCCCUCGAACAGAUCUAUCUGUUCUCUCUGCCCAUCAAAGAGUUCGAAAUCAUCGACUUCUUCCUCGGAGCCCAGCUGAAGGAUGAGGUACUCAAAAUCAUGCCCGUUCAAAAGCAGACCCGCGCUGGUCAGCGUACCCGCUUCAAGGCAUUCGUUGCCAUCGGUGACAGCAACGGACACAUUGGCCUGGGUGUCAAGUGCUCCAAGGAAGUAGCCACCGCCAUUCGCGGCGCCAUCGUUUUGGCCAAGCUCGCCGUCGUCCCAGUGCGUCGCGGCUACUGGGGUAACAAAAUUGGCAAGCCCCACACAGUACCCUGCAAAGUCACCGGCAAGUGCGGCUCCGUACAUGUGCGACUCAUCCCUGCGCCCAGAGGUACCGGCAUCGUGUCCGCCCCCGUACCCAAGAAGCUCCUGCAGAUGGCCGGUAUCGAGGAUUGCUACACGUCCGCCCGCGGAUCCACCUGCACCCUGGGUAACUUCGCCAAGGCCACCUACGCCGCCAUCGCCAAAACGUACUCCUACCUUACCCCCGAUCUGUGGAAGGAGAUGCCACUGUCGGCCACCCCCUAUCAAGAAUUCGCCGACCAUUUGGCCAAGAAUCACCGCGUUGCCGCCGUCAGGCCCGCAGCCGAUAGUGUAUAAAUAUUUUUUUCUUAAUAAAAUAAACUUUUAUUAAAUUUUA